GCAGCCCUUCGUGCAGCACGAUUGGUGAAUUUUCAGAGUGGCGUCAUAUACCCGCGCUUUGUUUGGAACGUCAGCUUGUUGGCGGGAUUCAGGCUUCGGGAAGAGACAGACAGCCACUGUUUUGAGAUAAUUGCAAUGCAGUUUCCAGGCAGAAGAAAGAAGCUGAUCGGCAGCUCUCAGAAUGAUCUGUAUGAUCACUGUCUUCAGUUCUAUGGACAGCCUCCCCUGGAGAACAUCUCUCUCGCUGAGUUUGAAACCUUCGCAGUGGAGAGGUUGAAAUUGCUCAAGACUGUGGAAAACAUUGGGGUAAGCUAUGUGAAAAACUCAGAUCAGUACAGCAAGAAAUUGGAAGCUGAAUUUUCAAGUCUGAACUUCCCACUCAAGACAGAAUUGGGUGACCGGAAGGUUCAGGGAGGAAUAUCUGAAUAUGAGAAACGAAGAAAAGACCAUAUCUCCCAUUUUAUUCUUCGCUUGGCGUAUUGCCAGACGGAGGACCUGAGACGAUGGUUUAUCCAACAGGAAAUGGAUCUUUUCCGUUACCGAUUUGGUGAACUUACUCCAAAGCACAAGACCGACUUCUUGCAUAAAAAUAAUUUGAAGUACGAGACGGUAAGUGCAGAGGAAAAGAAAAGCCUAAAAGACAAGCUCAUCACCUCCAGUUAUGGAUUAAGUGGAAUCACAGUGGAAGAAUAUGACUUCUAUAAAGUCCCAUUUCAGGAUGCCCUGGAUUUAGUGCGCACAAGGAAAGUCUACUUGCUGGCUGGAAAUGCCUACAUUCCCCACCAUGAAAUUGUCACGAUUGUCCUUAAUGACUUCCGAACAAGACUGUCCAAAGCACUUGCGAUGACUGCACGAUCCCUGCCAGUGGUACAGUCUGAUGAACGACUCCAGCCUCUUUUGAGCCACCUCAGCCAUGCCUAUGUGGGUCAGGACUACAGCAUUCAGAAGAACAUUGGAAAAAUUUCUCUUGAGCAGAUUGAUGCACUCUCGGGCAAGUCGUUUCCUCUGUGUAUGAGGCAUCUCCACAAGGCAUUGAGAGAGAACCACCACCUGCGGCACGGUGGACGCAUGCAGUAUGGCCUCUUCCUCAAGGGCAUUGGUCUUACUCUGGAACAGGCCCUGCAGUUCUGGAGGUCAGAGUUUGUCAAAGGGAAAGUCGAUGCAGACAAGGUAAGGCUUCUACUUUAGCCUGUACUCCCUCAC